AUGACUACAAUUCAGACCAUCCUAGCCAUUGCUGCUUCUAAAUCUUGGCCACUACAUCAAAUGGAUGUGAAGAAUGCUUUUCUUCAUGGUGAUCUAAAAGAAGAAAUCUACAUGAAGCUUCCCUCCAGUAUGACUACUUCCUCUCCUAAUGAUGUUUGUAAACUACGUCGUUCUUUGUAUAGGCUUAAACAGGCUCUUCGGGCUUGGUUUGAGAAGUUUCAUACUACACUUCUUAACUUCUCCUUCACACAAAGUCAAUAUGAUUAUUCUCUUUUCUUCCACAAGUCUCUCACGGGUAUAGUUCUCAUCUUGGUUUAUGUGGAUGAUCUAAUCAUUACGGGAACUGAUACUAGGUUGAUUACUAAGCUUCAAGUUAUGUUACAUGCAACAUUUUGCAUGAAAGAUCUUGGCCAACUCACAUAUUUUUUGGGAUUGGAGGUACAUCAUCGAUCAAAUGGCAUAUAUUUAAACCAACAUAAGUACAUCCAAGAUUUGAUCACUUUGGUUGGUUUAGAAGGAACUACUUCAGUUGAUAUUCCUAUGGAAGUAAAUGUCAAAUACAGGAAAGAUGAAGGAGAUCUUUUGGCUGAUCCAACUAUCUAUCGGGGUUUGGUAGGAAGUCUUAUCUACCUAAUGACAAAUCGACUUGACAUUUCGUAUGUUGUUCACCAAGUCAGCCAGUUUAUGUCUUCUCCUCAGCAUCUUCAUUUUGCUGCUAUUCGUCGCAUUAUCCGUUAUCUUAUAGGGUCACCUACACGUGGGUUAUUCUUUCCUAGAGGCUCACCCUUACAACUUCUGGCAUAUAGUGAUGCUGAUUGGGCAAGGUGUCCGGAUACUCGUCGAUCUACUACAGGCUGGUGUAUGUUUCUUGACGGUGCCUUCAUUUCUUGGAAAUGUAAGAAGCAGGAUCGUGUUUCUAAAUCUUUUACUGAGGCUGAAUAUCGUUCAAUGUCUUCUGCUUGUUCUGAAAUUGUGUGGUUACACUGUCUUUUAGAGGAGCUUGGAUUUUCACAGCCUGACUCUACCCCUCUUCAUGCUGAUAAUACAAGUGCUAUUCAAAUUGCUUCAAAUCUCGUGUUUCACGAACAUACCAAACAUAUCGAGGUUGAUGUCACUAUAUUAGGGAAGCCUUGA